AUGAAUCCUACUACUAACAAACCUUCAGCUCCGAAUCAAUCGCUUCAGCAGCGUAGACAUACUAGACAGAGGAUGUUGUGUUAUCCUAACGAUCAAGAAGCUGAAACCUUUCAUUCAACGGUGGCUGUUACUAUUUCGUUACCGGCUUCUCCUCGUCGUUCUAGUUCUUACCGUUGGUCUUCUUCUCCGGUUGUUUCUCAACCGCUUCCGUUACCUUUACCGGAAUCGCCGUUGACCCGACGACCUGAUCAUCAUGCUACGUUACCCUUUUCAAGGUCAAAUUCUUCCAGCAAUUUUGACACAUUGGCUGGAAAUGCAAAGAUUGAUUUGAGAGUGAAUAUUCCUCCGAUUAGUAGCUUGGUGGAAACCAACAACAGCUCUAGUAAAGAUACUAGAAAACACUCUCAUGACAAUGACUGUGAAGGUGUUACCAACGGGAAGUUGCAAUUUGCUGCUAGAAGUACCCCAACAAGCAUAUUCUCCAGUCCUGUUACUAGUUCCGGCAGAUUAAGCAGCGGAAAUUUAUCCGAUCCUGCCAUCAAUUUUCCUCAAGAUUUUAACGACAUUUGGAGACCUCCCGCGAAAAAUGCUCAUAGUUCGCGUAGCUUGGGGAACCACAGUCCUAAAUACCAUAACGCUGCAGAUGCACACCCAUUGCCCCUUCCACCUCCACCAAGAGCUUCACCACAGCCACAGCAAUCAUCCGCGCAACAUGACUCAACAGAAAUUUCUCAUUCAAUGAAGAGUCAGUGGCAGAAAGGAAAACUAAUUGGACGAGGAUCGUUUGGAAGUGUUUAUCAUGCAACAAACCUAGAGACUGGAGCCUCAUGUGCCUUGAAAGAGGUAGAUCUGUUUUCUGGUGAUCUGUCUUCUGGUGAUCCUAAAUCGGCUAUCUAUAUAAAGCAACUCGGCCAGGAAAUCAGGACUCUUGGUCAGCUACACCACCCCAACGUCAUGCAAUAUUAUGGCAGUGAAUUAGUUUCUGAUCGAUUGCUCAUAUAUAUGGAAUAUGUCAAUCCUGGAUCACUUCAGAAGUUUAUGCAAGAAAAUAAUGGGGCUUUGACAGAAUCCGUGGUUCGCAAUUUUACUAGGCAUAUUCUCUCUGGAUUGUCGUACUUACAUAGCACCGAGACUAUCCACAUGGACAUUAAAGUUGCAAACUUGCUAGUUGAUCCAUCAGGCAUUGUCAAGCUUGCGAAUUUUGGGGUGUCCAAAACUCUGACAGAGAAAUCAUAUGAACUAUUGCCGAAAAGCAGUCCCUACUGGAUGGCACCAGAGCUCAUGACGGCUGCCUUGAUGAAAAAAACCAAUUCCGAGGUCACCGCGGCUGUUGAUAUAUGGAGCUUAGGAUGCACCAUCAUUGAAAUGCUGACAGGAAAAUCCCCAUGGAGCGAGCUUUCAGGGCACCAACUCGUGUUCAAGGUACUGAACAGAUCCCCGGACAUACCCGAGACAUUAUCGCCAGAAGGGCAGGAUUUCCUUGAGCAGUGUUUCAGAAGGAAUCCUGCAGAUCGACCAUCCGCAGCUGUGCUUCUAACACAUGCCUUUGUACAAAAUUUGCAUGAACAAGAUGUUACAGUUCAUUCACUAGGCACCCUGCCCAAAGAUGAAUCGCGUAAGCAUGUCUCAAAAAUUGGCCGUGGUGUAGCUCCAGCUUUCUUUCGUGCACGAAUUUUUCGCAAAAUUCAAAAUUUAUUUGGGGGAAGUGGAAUAAGGAGCAAACAAGCACUUGAUAGGACCACUUCCAUGUUUUGA